AUGACAGGCUGCUCCUCAGCUCCAGGCUUCCAGUUGAAAUCCUGUCGAAGUGUCUUACAGGCCAAAUAGAGGGUGCAUGAAGAAGCUCAGAGCCGAUGAUGGAGCCGUGGCCAGCGGUUGGCUGGGUCCUACUACUGACCAAUGUUGCUGAUUGGCUGAAAAGUGUCCAAUCACGGGACUUCACAAUGAAGGACAUCAUCUUCCUGCACCCCUCAACCACACCUCACCCAGGUGGAUUCAAGUGCUUCACCUGUCAAGACUCUGCAGAUAACUAUGACUGCAAUCGCUGGGCACCAGACGUGUACUGCCCGAAAGAUACCAGCUACUGCUACACACUCCACAUGAUGGACAACCAAGGAAACAGUGUGUCUGUGACCAAGCGCUGUGUGAGCCUGGAGGACUGCCUGCUCACUGGCUGUAGAUAUGUUAACAGAGAUGAAGGCUACCAGGUCUGCACUUCCUGCUGUGAGGGAAACAUCUGUAACUUGUUGGUACCAAGAAACAAGAGCACCGCUGUUUUCUCCACCACCUCUCCUGUGCUCAGCUCCUCUCACAGCUCGACCGGCAGGCUGCUUUCUGUGGCACUGACCUACAUCAUCAGCAGCAUCAUCACAGCUACACAUGCGUGAAAGAGAAACUCAGCAUUUGUGGUAAAGAGUAUUAAUAGGUACUUGAAAAAGGACGUUUUCAAGGGAAAUUGUGCAAAUUUAAAGGUGCACAAACAAGUGUGUCACAUUUUACAUAUCGUUGUAUCAUUAUCAGAUUAAUUGAUACCAGAUAUAAUUACCAUGAACAAAUGACUGGGACAAAUGCUGGCCUCUUUCACCAGUCCCUUUUGCUUUGUUCCAUUUUAGCUGUGUUUGUUUUGGAAGAACAGCGCCCUCUUCCUGUUUUUUGCCAUAAAGAAAUCCAGCAGAUUUCACACUAAAUCUGACCAGGUGCCUCACAAUGUAUAAACUCAGCACAAACACCAAUAAUGGCUGCUAGUCAUCACAGCAGUGGUGACAUGAAUGAAGACUCCAUUCCUUUUAGGUCUAAUAGAGCCAGAGUCCUGCUGUUGUUGUGUUUACCCUGCUAUUUCAUGUCAAAAUGGCUGCCGUGAAAAAGCUCUGUUAAUGGGUCAAAAUAAAUGUGGUAAUGAUUUAUUGAACUGCUGUUGAUAAUAAAUUAAAUCAAAUAAACAACAUUACACACAGCGGCUAUCCUGAAACAAGACUGAAAUAGGAUAGUGUUGGGAAAUUUGCCCAUUAUUAAAAUUGCAGGACAACACUGCAGGAUAUUACAUCUGUUGAUAGGGCAAAAAUUAAAAUAAUAAUAAUAAAUCUAUAAAAAGAUGAAGAUUAAAUCUACACAGUUUAGGCCAAAAAAGAAGAAAGAAAAGGAUCAAUAUACUAAUCAGCCAAUGAAGAGUAUUCAGAAUUGAAGUUUGCAGAGAAAAUUGUGAUGUUUAUGUGUAUGUUUAUCUGUUGUUAUUGACCUAAAAAUGUUAUAAGACAAGAAGUUGACAUUCAGACCGGGAUCAAUGCUUAUAAUAAGAUUAAUAAUAGAUUUGAGGAUCCUGGUCCGGGUCAAGCAGGACUAAAUGCCAAAGCUGCAUGAUGUAUCGGCUUUGUCCUGUUAGACAAUAAUUCCUUUUUUGGUGAGGUUUAUUUAUUAUUUAUUAAUGACAGUGUUAACUCGAUCAGUUGUUAGUGUCUUACCAUGCUUUGUCCAAUGUCACCUUGUUUAUUUUAUCAUCUUGUUUUCCUGUGUGUGAUAUAUGUAUACAAAUAUUUAUUUUUAUAAGGCAUAAUGGAUUAGGACAAUCUAUUAUAUAACGGUAGUUUGGUAUCAGUUGGUUCUAAUAA